AUGGCGGUUGCGAGCCCCACGCAGUCAACUUCCGGUCAUGAUGACGAGUUUCAAGAGGAUUCUAUUCGACUUUUACCUAUGGAUGAGACACCCGAAGACACCUUGUAUAUCCGUCGGCCACGAGGCGUCUUUUAUGUGCUUGUUUUGUCGAGUGGAUUUGGGACGCUCCAGCUCGUUUUUGCUCUUUUAGCUUCAUAUGGAUCUGCACAAUUGCUGUCGGUUGGCGUCAGCCAAGCCGCAACGGGAUUGACCUGGCUGGCCGGACCACUAGCCGGGACAUUCGUCCAGCCUAUGGUCGGAAUUAUAAGCGACAGAUAUGGCCAUCAGAAACUAAUCGUUUCUGCCGGCUUCAUUGGACUCGUCAUGUCACUUCUCGGACUUGGAUGGGCACCCGAUUUGACGCUCGAUGGCGGCCAGAGAAAUGGCUUAAGCAGAGCUCUGGUGGUUUUCUUUAUAUUCACCCUAAACGUUGCCAUUCAACCUGUCCAGCUGGGUCUACGAGUCAUGAUGAUUGAGAAUUGUCGUCCGGAGCAACAGACCAUGGUGUCGGCAUGGGCUGCGCGGAUGACGGGGAUAGGAAAUAUCGUUGCGCAGCUUGCCGGGUCGAUGGAUACGACAAAAUUGCAGCCCUUUAUGACAGGGAGUCAUUUCAAGAAUUUGUGUCUUUUCACGUCAUUUUGUCUCGUUUUUAGUGUCAUUACAUUAUCAGUCUUUCUCACAGAUGGGGCAGCGCCGAGGUCUAAAUUUGAAAAGCCGAAUCAUCAGAAAACUACGCUUAUGGGGCUGUGGAAGGUAAUACGCAGUCUUUCUCCAGAGGUGAUCAGCGUUUGGAAGAUUCAGUUGUUUUCUUGGAUGGGUUGGUUCCCAUUUCUCUACUACGUUACUACAUACAUUGAUUAUCUUGCCUUCCAUGACCUCCUGCAGAAUGCAGCAGCAGCAGAUGAAGAACAACAACAAAUACUCAAAAACGAAUCAUUGCAAUUCGGAUCCCGAGCCAUGCUUUUAAAUGCAUGCGUGGCUUUUAUUUCCAGUAUACUACUCCCCUGGCUAUUCAAACGCUAUGACGGCACACAAUCAAAGUUCCGAAAUUACGCAACCCUCUCCAACCUCUGGAUGACCUCCCAAGUUCUCUUCGGCAUAGGCAUGAUCUGCACUUUGUGGGUGUCCACGGUAGUUGGCGCGACGCUUCUCAUUAGCGUUCUCGGCCUGAGCUGGUACUGUACCGGCUGGAUCCCAUUUGCGCUGAUUAGCACAAAGGUGUCUCAGGAGUCAGCGAGAUUUUCGCGGUCUCAUGGCCCGGGAUUGAUAAUGAGCCUGCAUAAUGUUUCGAUUGCCGCGCCGCAGAUUCUGAUGGCGUUGAUUGUCGGCUUUACGUUUUGGGUUUCUUCGGAUGGUGAGAAUCAGGCGAGAUAUGUUCUUGCUGUUGGAGGAGUAUUUGGGUUGGCCGCUGCUUGGAUGGUGCGUGGUUUGCAUAUUGAAAAGGAUUUGCAAUAG